AUGACAUCUGUGAUAGCAAGGUCAUUGAUCAAACUACGUCUGAAUUGCACAUCGCCACAAUUUUGUUCACACACAGCUAUAAUACAUAUAAAAAGCCUUACCUCCCUCAGAGAUAGAAGGCUAGCUCAUGCGACUGGACAGCCGCCAUUUCGAUAUAACCACAAUCUGCUCAUUUGGUGCAUCUUCAACCUCAUAUUGAGCCCAACUUUCAUGUUUUGCGUGCUACCAGAGAGUACCGAGUUCAGACUGGUGCCAUCUACUUCCCCAGUGCCUGCGUCCAACAGCCCCGCUGCAUCGAGGACCGUGACAGGCCUGUCUUCUUCAGGCCGAUCAUGUCGACUUACUAUGACAUCCGUGUCCAUGAAGUCACCCUCCCGCGGCUCCCGCGUAAAUCGAUUGGUUGGAUCCAGUGGGAACAUCGUAUCAAGGUAA